AUGCCUCUCACCCCAGACGCAUCUCACGCACCAUCCCCUCCCCAACCCCCCUCUACGCUCGACGAAGAAUCAUCCCCCCAAACCCGAGUCAAAGAACACAUCGCCAGUGCCCUCUCGACAAUCCUCACCGAGCUCUCCUCCCCAGACGGUCAUCCCUCACUGACAAUCAAACUCCGCUCCAAUAAAGUCUCAGCCCGAUUCAUCAGCCCGCGCACGGGUGCCCUCGAGACCCAGGUCUCUGAUACAUACACCACCUACACAUGGCCAGGCAAGGACUACUACGAAGCCUGGAAGUUCACUGUUGCGAUGCGGGUGCUGAGCGGGAUUGCGGAUGCGGUGGACAAGGGGGUGGUGGUGUCUAAGAGGGAUAUAUACUACCAAGACCCGGCGAUAUUUGGAUCCCAGCGUGUCGUUGAUCGACUGGUUGACGAUUUUGCACACACUAUUGGUGUGGAUCGGGUUGCGUUGAACGUGGGAGCCGCAGCUAAGGGGCUCGUGGUUGGGUGUUUCCACUGGAGGAUCAAAGAUCAAGCGAUGGCUGAUGAUGCGCAUUUCCUUAAUGCGGAUACCCUGAUCCCGAGUCCGCAGGACAUCCAGGAGAUGAACGUCUCGGAUGUCGACUGGGUGCUCAUUCUCGAAAAAGAGGCAGUGUACCGUCGACUCGCGGGGAUGAAAUACCAUGUCAGAUCUACAGCGGGUCUAGGGAUCCUGGUCACGGGCAAAGGGUACCCUGAUCUCAAAACGCGAGCCUUCAUUCGCAGGCUUUACGACGCAAGCCGUCAACCAAACAAAAGACUGCGGUUCUAUGCCCUGGUCGACGGUGACCCUGAUGGGAUGGCAAUCAUGUCCACGUACAAAUACGGUUCCUUGGCAUAUGCGCAUGAGAACAGUACCCUGAACUGCUCGGACAUUCGCUGGUUGGGGCUCCGCACCUCGGACAUCGUGACCGGCGUGGAUCGAUCCGGGAACGAUGCGCUCGUCAGCCUGACAGACAGGGACAGGAAGAAGAUCCUGGCCAUGUUGUCGAAUAAUCCAGUUUGGGCAGUGGACGGUCCCGAGCAAGAGGGCCGGGCUGAACUGCUGCAGAUGCUCAUGCUGAACGUGAAGGCGGAGAUGCAGAUCCUCUAUGACGGCGAUGGCGGACUGGUCCAAUGGCUAGACCGCAGGAUGACGCACAUUUCGUGA